AUGAUAAAAUCCAUUGGAGACUAUUAUGAAUGCAACUCGUUUCGAACAUGCUGCUCUGCCAGUUCUGCCUGCCAUCACCUGACCUUCCCGCUGGGCCACCGCUUCCUCGCCAGCCUCCAAAAUUCUGCAACAUCCGCGCCCGCACCAGUCCCUCCUCCAGCUCUUAUCGGUUCCUGUUCCUGUCUCGUUUUCUGUCGUUUACGGAUCGCCGUCGUCUGCAAUCCGGGUACGGGAGAUCUCCGCACUGUCGAGAAUGUGCAAGGCGAGAUCUACCUAGACCUCGCUGACAGUGCUUUGACUUUUCUCUCACGCCAACCCGAGUCAGAGCGACCACUCCCAAACACUUUUUUCUCACCCACCCCUCUUAUCGCCCGUAUCAAAGCCCGCUCGCCGUCACAUUGCAGCUCCGCUCAACAGCAAUACCACACAUUCUUCCAGUGCUUGACUGAUCACCCUACUUCCACUACCCUCUGA